UACUUAUCGGAGUCUCGACCAGGCCCACCCACCCAGUUGGAGAUCCCGCUAGGUCCUCACCUCCUCGAAUCUCCGCGUUCCUCGCUAGGUUGAACGCAUCGACCAACUCUUGUCCCUCCACCCCCCCAUCUUCAUAUUCAUAAGUGGCUCGGUCCCUUUCCCUAUGAGGCGCACGUCGGUCUCCCUGCCGACCAAGCACGUAGCUCACGAUCCCCACGAGAAGCCCGACCGCUACCGCCGUGACCAGCACAAUCAGGAACCGGCAAGCGUCUUCAUCAGGAUGCAGAACGCUUGGAUGUCGCAGUCGCAAAAGGCGCGCUACCUGAAGACGGGCGCAAUCGUCUUUGCCGUUCUCUUCCUCUUCUACCUCUUUUCCCCAUCAGGCGUUGAAAUCUCUGGUGCCGAUGGAGGCCCUUCUCAAGGCAACCAGGGCCAAGUACCCUCCGACGCGUCCUAUGGCACCGACCGAUGCACAAGAUCCUUCUCCAAGGAGAAACCCAUCGUGCAGUAUGUUUCCAUGAUCGACGCCGGCAGUACUGGUUCCCGUAUCCACGUCUACAAGUUCAACAACUGCGGCCCCGCCCCCGAGCUGGAGGGAGAGGUUCUAUUCAAGAUGACUGCCAAGAUCGAGGGCCAGAGCAGCGGACUGAGCGCGUAUAAGGACGAUCCUUUGGCCGCUGCUAAGAGUCUGGACCCCCUGAUGCAGGCUGCCCUCGAAGUCAUUCCCGACAAGCUCAAGGCCUGCAGUCCCGUCGCCGUCAAGGCUACCGCCGGUUUGCGCCUGAUUGGUCCCGAGAAGAGCCAGAAGAUCCUGGAUGCAGUCCGCGAGCACCUUGAGAACGACUACCCCUUCCCCGUGGUCUCCAAGGAGGAGCAUGGCGUUGCCAUGAUGGACGGUGCCGACGAGGGUGUCUACGCUUGGAUCACGGUCAACUACCUCCUCGGCAAGAUCGGCGGUCCCGACCACAGCCCCACCGCAGCCGUCUUCGAUCUCGGCGGCGGUUCCACCCAGAUCGUGUUCGAGCCUACCUUUGAGGGCCUUGCCAGCGGCGGCAUGCCCCAGAAGCUGGCCGACGGCGACCACAAGUACGAGCUCAACUUUGGCGGCCGCAAGUUCGACCUGUACCAGCACUCGCAUCUGGGUUACGGUCUCAUGUCGGCCCGCGACGCCAUCUUCGCCACUCUCGUCAACGACCUCUUCGAGCUUAACAAGCAGGACAAGUCGUGGAUGCAGAAGCCCGUCAUCAACCCUUGCUUCUCGACCGGCAUGACCAAGACCGUCAAGGUGCCCCUCGGCGACAGCCACCCGCUCGGCCCCAAGGUUGAGCUCAACAUGACGGGCCCCUCGACCCCGGCCCCCGCCCUGUGCCGCAGCUUGGCCGAGCGCAUCCUUAAGAAGGAUGCCGAGUGCAAGCUUGCCCCGUGCUCCUUCAACGGCGUCCACCAGCCGCAGAUCGCCAAGACGUUCGCCCGCGAGGACAUUUUCUUGCUGUCCUAUUUCACUGACCGUACCCAGCCGCUCGGCAUGCCCGAGUCGUUCACCCUCCGCGAGAUGCACGACCUGGCCGCCCAGGUGUGCGGCGGCGAGCAGAGCUGGGAUGUAUUCACCAGCGUGCCUGGUGCGCUGGAGGAGCUCAGCGAUAGGCCCGAGCACUGCAUGGAUCUCAACUUUAUGCUUGCGCUUACGCACACGGGUUACGAGAUGCCGAUUGAUCGCGAGGUCAGGAUUGCGAAGAAGAUCAAGGAUAACGAGCUUGGCUGGUGCCUUGGUGCUAGCUUGCCAUUGCUUUCUCAGUCCUCCGGCUGGAAGUGCAAGAUCAAGGAGAUCCACUAAAUUGCCUCUGAUUAGCUGGAAGCUUCUGACCGACCUGACGAUGAACAUGUAUUUUCUUCUAUAACUUCAAGAGACGUCACGAAAGUGUUGGUGGACGCUCUCCAUCACCAUGCUGCUCCAUCGACUGGGCAGAUGAUAAUACGUGCUUCAUCACUUCAAUACAAACAUGGGGAGAGGGGUAAUCGACGAACGAUCAAUCAUGGGUUUAUACAACGCAGAGAUCGGAUGACAGAAAAUGGGAAACGCCAACGCUAACUGAUGAAAGAAAAGUACCAACUAAACCAGCACAA